CCUCUCUCCUAUCAUCUCUGAUCCAAAUAGUUCCUAUAACAAAACCCUAGUUUCGAAGCUGACCAUGUUUAACCAGUGGAAAAAGAAUAAACCCUAAAAUUACUCUCAUUCGAUGUUAAUUCAAACUGCUACGCAUAUUUGAUUGAUUUGACGAUCCAUGUGGUUGGAUGAUUCGAGGUUCGAAUUCUGAUUAGGGCAAAAAAGCCUGAUUCGCUGAAUGUGUACUUGAUUUAAUGGAUGGGAAAUUUUGGUAAAGAGAGCUUGGCAUGAUGUUGAAUUUUUGUAUCAUUUGGUUUUAUUGUAGAUUGAGAUGGAUCAGUGGAUGGGACAGGAUUGUAUAGGUAGUGGUGUUAGCUUUGUUACAUUUUUGUUAGCCGCAGGUUUCGAUAAGUAUUAGUGGGUGAAGACCAGUGUUUCAUCAAAUUGUCGUAGCGCUGUUCUUCACUGGUUUGAACUAGAAUAGCCUUAUGAAGGGUUAGUUACUGGAAUUUGGUGAGAUAAAAAAGUUUAUUGAGCGAUGAAAAUGCUACUAUGAAUUAUGAGUAUUGCUUUUUUGGUGUGGUGUUGAAGCUUUGAAUUCAGAUGCGGUGAAAGGUAGUUUGAGAGCGUAUCUUCAUCGUCUUGUGAGGAAAGCAUUUCACCAGUGUUGCAGAAUGAGCUUAGUAAAUGCAAUUCGAGUCUCUCCCGACAAGGCUGCUGAAUCAUUUCCCGAACCCAAGAAGCAUUCAAAAAUUUCAUAUACAAGAGAAUUUCUUUUAUCAUUGAGUGGGUUAGAUGUUUGCAAAAAUUUACCGAGUGGAUUCGACCGAUCCACACUAAGUGAAUUUGAGGAUGCCUUCCAAGCCAUACAGGACCGGCAAAGAAUUCCUGGCAGUUUGCCAUUACAGGGAUAUGGACAUGCUGACUAUGGCACAUCCCCACCUACCAGAGGGGAUUCAAGCAAUUAUUCUCGGGGAUCAUAUGGAAGGUGGGACAAUCGUUCUUCAGGACGAAAUGAAAGAGACAGUGACUCACAAUCUGACUGGGAUUCAGAUUCUGGAAGGCGUCAUAGCAACCAAUCUCGGCGGUCUUGGCAAAAUUCUGAGCAUGAUGGGCUUCUUGGGAGUGGUUCUUUUCCAAGACCAUCUGGAUUUCCAGCAGGGUUAUCAGCUCCUAAAGUUCGAUCUAAUGAUCUCUCCCAGCUGAACAGGAGUACUGAGCCGUAUCAACCUCCUCGCCCUUACAAGGCAGUACCUCACUCACGGAGAGAAAACAGUGACUCGUUUAAUGAUGAAACAUUUGGUUCUGCAGAGUGUACAAGUCAGGAUAGAGCAGAAGAGGAAAGAAGGAGAAGAGAAUCCUUUGAGUUGAUGAGGAAGGAACAACAAAAAGCAUUUCAAGAGAAGCAAAAAUUGAACCCCAACAAGCAUAAAGAUGAUCAUGUCUCAGAUCUCUGUAAAUUACUAGGAGAUACAAAAGAAAGAAAGAGUUUAGUUUUAAAUAGAAGCAAUGAAUUGGACGAGAUCGUGACACAAGCGGUUUCAAAUAAUGAUUCUAGCAAAUCUUCUUUACAAACUUCUGGAGCCAGACCACUUGUACCCCCAGGUUUUAAAAGCACAACUUUGGAGAUGAAUUCUAGCACAAGAUUUUUAACCCAUUCCCAUUCAGCAGAGGUUGGGAAACCUGAAUUUGAGGAAAGCCUUUCUCAUGCCAAAGCUAUUGUGCAAAAUGGCAAUAUAAAUAAUCAGGAGGAGAGGCAGUUGGUUCAGAAAAUGGGUUUCAGAGAGCAGCAGCAUGAAAAUACGAGCAUUCACUCACCAUCUCUUAAUAAGGGUGAGCAGAUUGUGGAUUCAUCAACAGAUUUGGAAGUUUCUUAUAAGAAACUUGGUGUGGACAAUCAACUAUACAAAACUUCCAGUCUUUCAGAAGCUUCUCAAACCCAGGAUGGUAGUGAAAUUGUUGAAUUCGAUACCAAGAAGGUGACAGGGCAUAAAAUCAUUAGCGAUUCCAAACAGAAUCAUUCGACAGGAGUUCUAGAAAAGAUUUUUGGUAAUGUUUUAACAGUGAAUCUCAGUGGAUCCACAGGUGUCAUUGAGCAUCAUGAUUCUGAACAAGAUGACACAUGGAGCCCCAAUGCUGUUAAGUCUUCCAAGUUUGCUGAUUGGUUUCUUGAAGAUGAAAAGAAAGCAGCAGAAGAUCCAUCCCAUACUAGGCCUAGAAAUUUGCUUUCAUUAAUUGUAGGUGGUGAGAAAGGUGGAUCCCAAGUUUCUGAUGUGAAAGCCACCAAGCACGUUCUACCAGACAUUUCCUUCCAAAAUUCUGAACCUACCAACUGGCAUUUAACAUCUAACAUGACAUCUUCCACAAUUGGGAUCUCCGAACCGUUAUACAAUUGCAGUAAACAGGAGGCAAUCCCUCCAAUCCUCACUUGCGAAGACCUUGAACAGACAAUUCUGUCUGAGUAUAGUGAAAGUGGUUCAACUUUGCAGGAUCCUGUUCAAAUCUGGAGUGAUUCUAGCACAAAGACUAAGGUGUCAAAAGCAGAUAUUGAUGAUCAUGCAUCUCAGCACCUCCUGUCCUUGUUGCAGAAGGGAACAGACUUGAAGGAUAUGACAGAGUCCCCGAAUCUAGAUGGUGGAUUGUUAGACAAACAUAAUGUUUCUGAAGGAGCAAUUGUUGGCAGUGCACUUGACAACUCUAGAGUGGAAAAGGUUGAAAAUAUUCAACAUUCUGGGAAGAAUCUGACUCUUGAAACACUAUUUGGGUCUGCUUUCAUGAAGGAGCUGCAAUCAGUUGAAGCACCGGUUUCCAUCCAAAGAGGAUCAGUUGGUUCUGCAAGGACAGAUAUUUCUGAGCUGCAUGGGUCAAAUUUUGGAGUCAUGGGUGGUGGUCUUUUCCCAGCAUCUAUGGUUGGAGUUGGAUCCAACAGGAGCAGUGAUGAAAGCAAUAUUUUGCAAUCAAGUCAGAGACAGCAAUUGAAUUCGGAUGAAAUUGAAAAUUGGUUGGGGAUUAAUAAUACUCAAGUUAAAGUGGAUCCAUCAAAACACCAAAAUGAUUUAGUGUCUAAACUCGGUGGCUUUGAUGGGGCAGUUGAUAUUCAGCUGCCUGAGGAGGAGAACUUGAUUACAGUUGGUGAUCCUGUGAAUAUGUCUAAUACCUCUAACAAACAGGUCGUCAUAGCUGAGAAGCUGUCAGCUCUUAAUACAGUUUUGAAAGACAUACGACCUAUGGUAGGUCGUGAAGGUCCACCUUUUAUCCGCGGUCCUUAUGAUCCAAUGGAGCCCGAGAUUCCAUUUGGCAAACUUCAUGCCCAACAACCAUCUUCUCCUCAAUUUCAUCCGCCUCGGAUGAAUCACGGGAGGCCAUUUUUCCAUCCGUUGGAUUUGCAUCCUACUCAUGCUAGUUCCCAGAUGAACUUCAUGGCUCCAGAGGGCAUUGUUCAUCGUGAUGCUCCUACCACUCGUCAAUUCCCUGUGAAUAUGAUGCGCCCUCCUUUCCAUCACCCUAACACAGGGUCCACAGGAUUUGAUAUUCCUCGUCAACCUGUGUUGCAGCAAAUGCAAAUGCCAGGCAAUUAUCCUCCUCACCUACGACGAGAAGUUCCCAGGGGUGGUGGUCCACUGCCACCUCACCCCGGCAAUCACGCAACUGGUUCUAUGCAGGAACUAAACCCGAUGCAAAGUUUUCCUUUUGGUCAGCAGCAACCCAAAUUUGGUGGUCUUGGAAUGCCUUCGCAAGCUCCCGAUGUUAGCGGUGGAAGCAAUCAUCCCGAGGCAUUUCAGAGGCUUCUUGAGAUGGAACGCCGAGCCAACUCAAAGCAGAUCCACCCUUUAGCUGCUGUUGGUCACAGCCAGGGAAUGUAUGGUCACGAGCUUGACACGAGCUUUCGAUAUAGAUAGUAAGAUCAUUAUUACCCUUCUUUUACAUUGCAAAAGCAUAUAUGUCUCCAGUGCAUUAUAACUUGCAUGGAGGAUGGGUUUUGAAUGCUUGUUGUAGGGAAAGAUUGAAUGGUGAUACUGUAAUUGAUGGAACUUUAUCUGCAAUUGGCAUGUGACUGGGAUUUUGGGUUUGUUCCUUCAUGAUUUAAAAGCCAAAAGAGAGUGAAAAAAUGAAAAAAAAAAAAAAAAAAAAAGUAAUGUAGUUUUUGUACAAGUGUUUUGUGCUUGUGAUGCGUGAUUUGUUGAAGCGCUAUGUAGUUUGUUGUGUGAAUCUAUCUGCCAAGGGAAAAAGAAAAAAAGAAAA